UGUAUCUGUUGUGAGCGGUCUGCCUGCGAGGUUGGCACCAUGGGAGCCGCGGUGCUGGCCGCGGUCCUGGGGGUCUUCCUUCUGGCCAGGGGCUCGGUGGGCGACGAGGCCCGGGAGGCAAAGGCCGUCCAGGAGCUGGUGGCCCGGCUGCUGGGGCCAGGGCCGGCGGCCGAGUUCUUGGUGUCGGUGGAGCGCUCCCUGGCGGCCGAGCCCGGCCUGGACACCUACAGCCUGAGCGGCGGCGGCGGCGGCGGGACGCCGGUGCGUGUGCGCGGCUCCACGGGCGUGGCGGCCGCCGCGGGGCUGCACCGCUACCUGCGUGACUUCUGCGGCUGCCAGGUGGCCUGGUCCGGCUCUCAGCUGCGCCUGCCGCGGCCGCUGCCCGCCGUGCCGGGAGAGCUGACCGAAGCCACGCCCAACAGGUACCGCUAUUACCAGAAUGUGUGCACGCACAGCUAUUCCUUCGUGUGGUGGGACUGGGCCCGUUGGGAGCAAGAGAUUGACUGGAUGGCGCUGAAUGGCAUCAACCUGGCACCGGCUUGGAGUGGCCAGGAGGCCAUCUGGCAACGGGUGUACUUGGCCUUGGGCCUGACCCAGUCAGAGAUCGACAACUACUUCACCGGUCCUGCCUUCCUGGCCUGGGAACGCAUGGGUAACCUGCACACCUGGGGUGGCCCCCUGUCCCAGUCCUGGCACCUCAAGCAACUCUACCUUCAGCAUCGGAUCCUGGACCGGAUGCGCUCCUUUGGCAUGAUCCCAGUGCUGCCUGCCUUCGCAGGGCAUGUCCCCAAGGCCAUCACCAGGGUGUUCCCACGGGUCAACAUCACCCAGUUGGGGAGCUGGGGACAUUUCAAUUGCUCCUACUCCUGCUCCUUCCUUCUGGCUCCAGGAGACCCCAUGUUCCCCCUCAUUGGGAGCCUCUUCCUCCGGGAGCUGACCAGAGAGUUUGGCACAGACCACAUCUAUGGGGCUGACACCUUCAAUGAGAUGCAGCCUCCCUCCUCGGAUCCCUCCUACCUCACCGCAGCCACCUCAGCAGUCUAUGAGGCCAUGACCGCUGUGGACCCUGAUGCCCUGUGGCUUCUCCAAGGCUGGCUCUUCCAGCACCAGCCUCAGUUCUGGGGCCCCGCACAGGUCAAGGCCGUGCUGGAGGCUGUGCCCCGCGGUCGUCUCCUGGUCCUGGACCUGUUUGCUGAGAGCCGCCCUGUUUACACCCGCACGGCCUCCUUCCACGGCCAGCCCUUCAUCUGGUGCAUGCUUCACAACUUUGGGGGUAACCACGGCCUGUUUGGAGCCCUCGGGGAGGUGAACCGAGGCCCCCAGGCGGCCCGCCUCUUCCCCAAAUCCACCAUGGUAGGCACCGGCAUAGCCCCGGAGGGCAUCGGCCAGAAUGAAGUGGUCUACGCCCUCAUGGCCGAGCUGGGCUGGCGCAAGGACCCUGUGCCUGAUUUGGCGGCCUGGGUGAGCAGCUUCGCCAGCCGCCGAUACGGCGUCUCCCAGCCGGAGGCGGAGGCGUCCUGGAGGCUGCUACUCAGGAGUAUCUACAACUGCUCUGGGGAGGCCUGCAGCGGGCACAACCGAAGCCCCCUGGUCAAGCGGCCAUCCCUACAGAUGAGCACCACUGUCUGGUACAACCGAACGGAUGUCUUCGAGGCUUGGCGGCUGCUGUUAGCAGCUGCUCCCAACCUGAGCGCCAGCCCAGCCUUCCGCUACGACCUGCUGGACCUCACCCGCCAAGCAGUGCAGGAGCUGGUCAGCCUGUGCUACGAGGAGGCAAGGACCUCGUACCUGAACCAGGAACUUGACCGGCUGCUCAGGGCUGGUGGCCUCCUGGUCUCCGAGCUCCUGCCUGCCCUAGAUGAGCUGCUGGCUAGCGACAGGCGCUUCUUGCUGGGCAGCUGGUUGGAUCAGGCCAGGGCAGUGGCCGUGAGUGAGGCUGAGGCCCAGUUCUAUGAACAGAACAGCCGCUACCAGGUCACCCUCUGGGGGCCGGAGGGCAACAUUUUGGACUAUGCCAAUAAGCAGCUGGCGGGACUGGUGGCUGAUUACUACCAGCCACGCUGGGGCCUCUUCCUGGAGACUCUGGCUCACAGCCUAGCCAGAGGUGUCCCCUUCCAGCAGCACCAGUUUGAGAAGAAGGUUUUUCCGCUAGAGCAGGCCUUCGUUAACAACAACAAGAGAUAUCCCAGUCAGCCCCAGGGGGACACUGUGGACCUAGCCAAGAAGAUCUUCCUCAAAUACCACCCCCGGGCUCUUUGUGACAGACUGGACAUCCAGGGACCUGCUGGCCUAGGUCCUCAAACCCCAACAAGCCCAAGACGCUCCCUAUGCCUUGGAGAAGGGGCCAAGAUAUGACAGUGAGUGACCCUGAUGGCUUAGAGGGAAGCGAGGUGCUCCCUUCCACCCCAGCUUUGGGGGUUAAAGUACUGUUUUCUGUUGGCAAUAAACUGCUGAAUCAGCCUGGAUCUAUUAAA